AUGCUCGAUGCUCAGACAAGCUUUUUGGCCUGGGGAGAACGACACAAGGACAAUCUUCCUGCACAGACUCGGGGCUCAAUGGAGCACAUGCUUCGGUAUGAAGAACUAGAAAGAGAAUUGAUGGAGGAAGAGCUCCCUGACCUUAACUCGGAAGUUAGUAAGCUAAUACUUUACGCUCAAAGAAACUACAAUCCUUCUUUGGCUGGGUUGGAAGGUGAAUUUACUAGAGUUAUUAGAGUUGUCAAGGAACUGGUCGAAGUGAGCGACUUGAAAGGAUUUAUGAAUAACCUAGACGUAGCUUUGAGCGACGAGGAAGACAGUACGGUUGGUGAUGAAUGGGGACUUGGAAUUUGGCUUGAGAUUCUACAAAUUGGUCGAGUGGUGACUAGUAAGGUUGAACGCUUUGAGAAAUACGCCUCUUCGCUCUAUGAGAGUCAGGAUUGGACAGAAGAAAGCAAGAGAAAGCUAGAACGGGAAUCUGAACUAGAUAGGGUGGUGGAGAUGGUACGUCAAUGGCGCGCGUUAGCUAACUCUGAUCCGAAUAUGAACGAUGAGGCUACAGCGAGUAACUCCGUGACUGAUAUUAUGUGGUUUUGCGAAAGACUCGCACUAGCUAACGCAAAAAGGAGAAAAGAUAUUCAGGACCCUGAUCAUCCUUUGAAUUGGGAGAGUGCCAAAACAGCAGAAUCCUUUUCCUACUUGCACUUUCCAAAACUGCGCGUUCCCAGUCCUUCUAUACCACGGACAUACUCAAUGGAUGGAUCACAUACGGGCGUUACAUCAUCACCAGUGGAUUUGCUAUAA